UCUUAAAAACUCCUCAACCCCAAAGUGUCACUUUAAUAAUGCAAAUUAAAAUAUCGGUCUCUAUUUAACAUUUACUUUUAAAAUCUCAAAUUACAUUGAUAGUACAUAGGCUCCUAACUCCUCCUCCCUGACGACUUUCUGAAUAAUGAUUGGACAGGGCUUUGUCACUAAUAGUGACUUCACAAAAAACAAAGGCACGACCAAAGAUAAAAACAGAUCGCGCUCUGUCUGACGCCACAAAACAGCUUCCACUCUGCACGCGCGGUUGAGUUUGAUAGUUUAAAAUAGUUUACUAUUCGUUCUAGUAAAGAGAUUUAAAAAAAUAAAUAAAUAAAAAAGACAGUGUGUCAAUAAAAGCAAGACAUGCCGAGAGGAUUUUUAGUCAAAAGGAAAAAGCGGGCUUCUGCUGCAUCGUACAGGAUGCGGACUGAGGACAGCGGACAGUUAAAUGCGAGUCACCUACCGCAGACUCAAGAAGUGCAGGUGAUCAAGUGCCCGAACAAAAUAUGGUCAGAAAUACCUUCACCAGGAAGUAUUCCAGAAUACAUGAAUAGUGUAUUAGUGGAAACAGGAUCACCAAAUCUCCCAGAAAGCGCCGAGAACACGGUGGAGAGUGGGGUCACCGCCGAGCUGUCCCAAAUUAAACUCUGCCUACCAGAGAAGGGUUCUCCUGGAAGAGUUGAUGCCGCUUACAAUCCGAUCAAGCCUGUUGGCACAGAACUGAAGAAGACAUUCUUUGAAAGGUGUUUGAGCUCACCCGUGUCAGCGGAGUCUUUUUCCAUAACCUCCUCUAUGUCUCCAAUGGAAAGACUACUAAUGCACCGCUCGCAUUUCACAGCGUCAGAGAUGAAAAUGGACACGCCGGUUCACUUGUAUUCCCCUCUCCAUCACGCUAUUAAACGCUCUUUCGCGAACUCUACAGACCGCAGGGGCAAACCAGUAGCCAAGAAACCAAAAGUAACGAGAAAACACAGUUUUGAAGACGAGGUUACCACCUCCCCAGUUCUUGGGAUAAAAAUAAAAAAAGGAGAUCCCGAAUCUAAACUGGUAUCCAGUUCGGGCAACAGGAAGCCUUUAGGUGAGUUUAUUUGUCAGCUCUGCAAAGAAGAAUACCCCGACCCAUUUUCUUUGGCACAGCACAAGUGCUCCCGCAUUGUUAGGGUAGAGUACCGAUGCCCCGAGUGUGAUAAAGUUUUCAGUUGCCCAGCCAACCUAGCAUCUCACCGUAGGUGGCACAAGCCACGCCCUGCAAACAACGGAGAGAACCAGGGCAGCAAAAAGCAGCACCAGCUUAUACAUCCUGAGACAGUCAACCCGUCAGUAGAGGGUAAAGAAAACGCCAGCAAUCUUUUAGUACACGAUCAGCACCACCCGUCCCUGGACAGCUCCCAGUGCUUAAUUCAGCACCACCAGACAACAGACAUCACUCACAAGCAAGAACAGCAGCAUGAAAGAUCUCAGGAAAUUUCCCCGUUUCUGAACCAGCAUUUUAUGUCAGCGGAGAGUUCUGUUCUCUUUGAUCAGCACCCAAAGUCCAUGGACAGCUCAAGGAUCAUGGGCUGCGCGGAGCCAACAGAUGCUGCAGUUCCGCCACGCUCACCGACCUCAGGGGUUAGAGAAGAGGAAUUCGAAUGCCCUUACUGUAAGAAGAAAUUUCGCAGACAGGCUUACCUUCGAAAACACCUGGCCGCCCAUGAAGCAGUCAGGUCGUCGACCAACAACCGUAUAGAAAGUGAGCACAUCACCUUUCCAUGUCACCUAUGCGGAGCCCAUUUCCCCUCAGCAGACAUUAGGGACAAGCACCGGCUGUGGCACUCUGUGAGAGAAGGGAUCUCAGUAAACCCAGCGAAAAACAGCAGCCAACUGGGGAGACCAGACAUCGUGCAAGGAGAACAGCAGAUCUUUUCCUGCAAGCAUUGUCCUUCCACCUUCUUCAGCUCUCCUGGACUGACAAGGCAUAUCAACAAGUGCCACCCGACUGAGAGUAGACAGGUGCUCUUACUACAGAUGGCUGUCGGGCCAGGCUGCUAACUGGAAAGUCUUCUUAAAUUAUGACCCAGUAAUUGUGUACAGAUUGCAUAGGGGGUAAAACCAGUUGCACAAUGCAGUUAACAUUUUAUUUAAAUUGACAGGGUUGUAUGCAACAAAAAAAUUCAUCAGGAUAUUCAAUUUAAGAUUUCUGACAGUGAUGGUUUUUAUAAAGAAAUCAAGCAAUACAGUUAACUUCAAACCCUAGCGACUGUCCAAGCUUUCCAAAAAUAUAUAAAGUUUUACGAAUAUGUAUCGUAGUUCCUAUGGGAAUUGAAUGUGUUUGUUAAGUAUAGUUGUAGUACAGUAUAUAUUUUUAAGAUGUUCUAUAAAGUUAUUUUCCUGCAGGAAAUAAUGAGUCUGAUUGUUUUGUAAAUGACCUAUGUAUGUAAUUUUGUUGAUCCAAAUAAGGCAGUCAUGUAUCACUUAGUCUCUAUGAAUUUAUUAACUACUAUACAAAAGAAACAUCUGUGAUGGUGUUAUGCUGCAUUCCGUGGUUUAUACCACAAGAGGUUAAAACAUGUUGUUUUUGAGGUUAUAGGAUUUAUUAAUUCGAAAAUUCCUGUGUUAAAGAAAUGUGUUUGAAGAAGA